CAUUUCCUCUGCCGUUAGUUUUAUCAUAAACUAUCACAAAGGUAGCCUCUUUGGUAAUGAUCCGUUUUGGUGCUGUCGUUGAAAAGUUGAAAUGAUUUUGCAGCAGAAAACCAUUGUGCUGGUCAGCGAGGAGGAAAAGUGACAGCUUAGUUGAUUAUUGUUAAAUGAUCCAGCAUUAUUUUUCCCAUUCUCCUCCGAAGGUGAUGCCACAGACUGCGGUUCCACAGGUGCCAGUUGCCCUCAGGAACUGCUGAUUGCUUAUCAAAGGAACAGAUGAAAUGAGCACAUAAACGGUGCUGUGCUGUGACUCCAACAUGGAAAUGGGUCCCUCGAGUGCAUUGCCCCACCAGUGGAAGUGUCUGAGAACCCUCAUCAUUUGAAAUGUUCACAGGAAGUGGAGGAAGGCUGGGGCAGCAGCCUGUCCCUCAAGGCACUGUACUUCUUCAGGCCCUGUACUAUUAUCAAUACAUCGCCACUGAUGGCAGACUGAUCCAGAUCUCGGAAGGGGACCAAUUUGUUCUGCUCCAGAAAUCAAACGAAGACUGGUGGCAGGUCCGCAGGCAAGGGGAGCCGAAGAAAGUGAAGCCAAUCUACGUGCCUGCUAAGUACGUUCUUGAAGUGCCGCCUGGAACAACUGGGAGCCUGAGAGCCACUCCAGCCGAAUGUACCAGCAAAUCAGGAGUUGAGUUUUCAGGGACGUGGCCAGCUCCUAGUUCAGCAGCAGCCUUAAAAUAUACAAUGAGCUCUCGCAACACAGGACCACAGCUUGCUCACUGUUUAUGGGAAGGAAACCAUGCAAGGACAGUCUCUUCAAGCAUAAACCGAAUUGAGAGCAGCAGAGGUAGGGGCAUCCAUCUGCUGCGACCAAACCCACAUGAGAAAGUUGGAAGGAAUGGGUCGUCCGUCACUGAAAGGAACUUCGCGAGCAUCCGUGUGGCAAAACCAGAAUCACGUGUACAGGAGAGUCCUGUGACCACCGAAUCGGUCGUUGAAUUAGCAGGCAGGUCGGACUCCCCCGUUUACACUAACCUGGAGGAGCUAAGAAUGGUUCACCUGGAACCACCCAAUCCCAUCAACCCCCCAGUGCAGGUCCUUGACCUUUGGGAGCGACACGUGGAUCCAGCAACCGACCGUAACUUCUACUUCAACACCGUCACCAAGGAGAAGACCUGGAAGCCACCACGACGAGCUCGGAACCGAAUGGCAAGGUCCCACACACCUCCCCCUGAUUGCUCUACCGUUCAACGAGUUCCCGGCAGCUCGUCUUCCUACAAUCAUUUCAUGCAACCGUUGGUAGACAAGAAGAAUGGGGACGCUUUGCAGAAGCGAGACUCUCCUGCGCGGGACUCUCUCAGUCUCCCGCGAGCCGCCUCCACAGAAAUGCUGGGCACGGCGGAGCACGGCAGCAGCAAAGUCCGUCUGCGCAACCGGAACGACGGCUUAUUAAACAAGCGCUUCAGCCUAGGCAAGUCCAUGAUCAUCACCGACAACCUGGAUCCCAAGGUGACGCAUUGGAGAAAUCUUUCACAUCAUAGCUUCUGUGUGAGCAUGAACGACCCUGCGGCAGGAGCCUCUCCUAUGCUGGAAAAGGCUGGUCUGCUGAAUAAAACCAAGAUAGCAGAAGGCGGGAGGAAGCUGAAGAAAAACUGGAGCAUCUCGCGGGUGGUUCUCGUUGGAAACAGUCUUGCCUUCUACAAAGAGACCAAAACCCAAACUGCUGCUAGCUGGAAACCGGGGAACAGACCGGAGAGCAGUGUGGAUCUGCGCGGGUCACUGAUCGAGUGGACAAAAGAGAUGUCCAGCAAGAAGAACGUGUUCCGCCUACGGACUGUCACUGGCAACGAGUUCCUCUUUCAGGCUGAAAAUGAAGAUUAUAUCAGUGACUGGUAUAAGACCAUUAAGAAUGUGAUCGAGACGUUGGAUCGAGAGAACCCUUUGGAUUACCAGAUGGUGUACGCACUCAGGAGAUCAUCCAGUGCUGAACUAUUAGACUGCAGUGGGGACGAGGAUGAGAAUCCAGCCAAGGAGAAACGAGACAGCAGGAUGACCUUGUUGCGUCGGAUGAACUCUGACAGCUCGGAGAAGAAGAGAGUGAAAAGUCGGUUAAGAAAGUUCAUCACCAAGAGACCACCUUUGCAAUCCUUGCAGGAAAAGGGACUCAUCAAAGACCAGGUGUUUGGCUGCCGGCUUGAAACUCUGUGUGACCGGGAGAAGGAGAACGUUCCCAAGUUUGUGCAACUCUGCAUCGAUGCCGUGGAGAAGCGAGGGCUGGAAGCGGAUGGCAUUUAUCGAGUAAGUGGAAACCUCGCGACGAUACAGAAGUUGAGGUUCCUAGUAGAUCACGAAAGGGCGGUGACAACUGAUGGUCGCUAUUUGUUUCCCGAAGGACUGUGUCAAGAGGAGAAGCUGAACAUGGAUGAUGCUCAGUGGGAGGACGUUCAUGUGAUCACCGGAGCUUUGAAGAUGUUCUUCCGAGAGCUGCCUGAACCACUUGUCCCAUAUAACUCCUUUGAACACUUUGUGUCAGCUAUUAAAAUAGCUGAUGCUGCUGAGAAAGUCGAGAGCAUAAAACAGCUGGUGUGGAGUUUACCAAAACCCAACCAAGACACAAUGAGAGUCAUGUUUAGACACCUAAAAAAGGUCGUGGAGCACUCGGAGGCCAAUCGCAUGACGGCUCAGAGCAUAGCCAUCGUGUUCGGGCCCACGCUCAUGCGAUCGGAGAAGGACUUUAGCAACAUGGCGGUGCACAUGGUUUACCAGAACCAGAUCGUGGAGCUGAUCCUCGUGGAGUGCGAUGGCAUCUUCAACCCCGAAAACAAGCUGCUCCGAUAGCAGACUGGCCUCAACUGCUCUCCUCCGACACAGACACUGAGAGGAGCACCCUUUGUCUUGUCUUGCCAGACUACGCGAGGAACACAGUUCCUCCGUUCCAAAUGUACUGCCUUCAACAGUAUUUAAAACCAGGACAACGGCAGGUUAUGUGGUAUUUUGUCUCGUCUCCUCAUUCCCUUCAGCCUUCUCCAUGCCCAAUUACGAGUGGCUGUCCAUUAUUCUUACUCAGUGUUCAAUAAUCCUGUUUUUUUUUAAAUCUUGUUUCUCAGAGAAGCCCUGUUUGUUUAGAGCAAAAGCUUGUGCGAUAUUUUAUUUAAAGUGGCAACGCGAAAGUACAACACGCUGAUGGGAUGUACUGCAAGCCUAUGGUAACAGGCCUGAGCACAGCUCCAUUGGAUACUCACUCACUCCACUCUUGAUAGGCGUUGGAGUUUGCAUCACGACUAAACCGCUGGACCAGGCAAACUGUGGUCAUGUUACCCACAGAGCAGGCGGCCUGCUUGCUGAUCACGAAGCAAGGUUGGUCAGUGACUGUGUUGGCUAUCAGCUUGGCACCAAGGACUGAUCCAGUUACAAAGGGUGAUCGCAAGCAGCUGGUAAGCCCUGCUCCUCUAUGGAUUCCUCAGCCACAGUCGCUCAGGAUUCAAUGAAAAGGUGAGAAUCUCGUCUGUCACGUGGCACUCGCUCGCUCAGGAGGCUGUUUCUGGGAAUCCAGAGGUAGGGGGAUUUCAGGCAUAACUUGCUGGAAAAGUUGUUGAAUCCUGCUUUCCUCCCUCCUGGGCAAAACUCUAACCCCAGGAUCUUUAGGUUUUGGUGUUCACGGCCCCUCUGGUCAAAUGGUUCAGCUGAUGUGGGAUGUGACUGGAAUGGCAGUAAGCUCGGUGCUGGACAUGUUCAUUGCUCAUUAUGUGAUUCUGUCUCAUUCCUUUGCUGGCCUGUGUAUGUUCACGUGCAUGUGUG